AUGUCAGUGAUCGGAUUCCUACUGUUCGCCUUCCUCACCACAGCCUCCAAGGCAAAGGCGGCUCCAGACACACUGCUGCCCUCCUGCAAAGCGACGUGCGGUGAUAUCGACAUCCCCUACCCCUUCGGCAUCGGCGAAGGCUGCUACGCGAAGGAGUACGGGGACUUCAGCAUCAACUGCGAGGACAAUUCCACGGCCUUCUUGAGCGACAGCGUUUAUGAGAUUGUCAACAUCUCCGUAACCGGCGAGCUGCGAAUCAAGGGUUCGACUGGCUUCGACUGCUAUGAUACAAGAGGAAACAAUAAUUACUCCUUCCCCCAGGUUGAUGUUGCCAAACUACCGUUUACGUUCUCGCACACCCGGAACAAGUUCGUCGUCGUCGGGUGCGACACGGAUGCUUACAUAUGGGACCAAUACGGCACGCGCUACUCCGGUGGCUGCAUGUCCUACUGCGAGAGCUUGGAAAGCUUCAGGGACAUACCGAAUGGCAGCAGCUGCUCGGGCUUGGGCUGCUGCGAGGUCUCAAUUCCCAGGGGCAUCAAUAACUAUACCACUGAUAUGAGUAGCUACUACGGAUACAAUUAUUCCAUGGAUUUCAACCAUUGUGGGUUCAUUUUCCUGGCUGAGCAGGGCCAAUACACUUUCAGUGUCUCUGAUCUGAGCUCUGAUAGAUUAGAAACACAAACUCUGCCCAUCGUUCUCGACUGGUCCAUCGGCGGUCAAACAUGCGAGGAAGCCAAGAAGAACCGGACCGUCCCUUACGCGUGCCGCAGCGACAACAGCCACUGCAUCAAGUCGAACAAUGGCGCCGGAUAUCUCUGCCAGUGCUCAACGGGCUACCAGGGCAAUCCCUACCUCCCAAGAGGCUGUCAUGGUAUGGUCAAUAAACGGAUCAAUUGCUUCGGUUAUCAGCCGAAAGAGGAGGGAUUUUAGCGAUAGUUUAGUAUAACAACUAGUCCUGGGUUCGGCCUUAAAUGUAUAUGAACGUUCUUCUUUUCUCUCCUAUGAUGCCAUGUAGAUAUCGACGAAUGCGCCCAAAGCCCGGAUGCCUGCCCAUCGAACGCAACCUGCGCCAACACGGUGGGCGGGUACGAGUGCACGUGUCCAGAGGGCUACCGAUUGAACCUCCAUUUCACGGGGGAAUGCGAAGGUACGAUUUCGGCGGUCCCUGUGAUCAACGGUUCAAGUGCCGAAUGGUUUGAUUAUCCUAUUUGACUCAUAUUUCCCCGCUGGGACUUGUCGUAUCCAUGCGAAUGCAGAUAUUAACGAAUGCGAGCGAAACCCAUGUUCACCCGGCGAGUACUGCGACAACACAGACGGAAGCUACGAAUGCAAAUCAAGGAGCGGCGACAUGUCGUUGCCUGUGAAGUUGGGACUCGGUCAGGAGAAUCCUUUCACUCUUCCGAGCGACGGUCUCAUUUCCAUUCAUUUUGGAGCAUAUCCUCACUGAGAUCUAGCUUUUGCAGGGGUCGGCGGCGGCUUGCUCGUUCUUCUGUCUGCAAGCGCCUUUACCUGCUGGGGAUGUCAGAGAAGAAACCUCGCCGAUCAGAUGAGGAAGGUUGCCGAAUUCAGACAGAAGAUGUUCGAGCACAACGGCGGCCCGCUACUGCAGCAGUAUAUCUCUUCCCAGCCGGGAAAUACGUUCAGGAUAUUCACGGAAGAGGAUCUCGCCAAGGCCACGUCUGGCUUCGCUGACGACCAGAUCAUCGGGCGAGGAGGCCACGGCGUGGUCUACCUGGGAAGGAUGGAAGAUGACACCCUGGUGGCCAUCAAGAAAUCCAAAAUGAUGGACGAGAGGGAGAGCAAGGAGUUCGCACGGGAGAUGGCCAUCCUCUCCCAAAUCAACCACGUCAACGUGGUGAAGAUUCUGGGUUGCUGCGUAGAAGUGGAAGUUCCCAUGCUCGUCUACGAGUUCGUCCCCGGAGGUACGCUGUUUAGCGUCAUUCAUCGCCGGAAUGAGAGGACAACGAUCUCCCUGGGGGUCAGGCUGAGGAUCGCCACAGAGGUCGCAGAAGCGCUGGCAUACCUGCACUCCUACGCUUCCCCUCCAAUUCUUCACAAGGACGUCAAGACCUCUAACAUACUGCUAGAGGAGAACCACAGAGCAAAGAUCUCCGAUUUCGGGGCUUCUGAUUUCGCACCUGUGGAUGAAGCGGAGAUCGCCAGCGUGGUUCAGGGGACCUGGGGGUACCUCGAUCCCGAGUACCUGCAGACCUACCAAUUCAGCGAGAAAAGCGACGUGUACAGCUUCGGGGUGGUCCUCGUCGAGCUUCUGACGGGAAGGAAACCUCUCGACCUCCAGGGACCGGUAGACAAGAGAGGCCUCGCCCUGACCUUCGGCUCCUUGUUGAGCGAAGAGAAGCUGGAGAACAUUUUGGAUCCACAAGUGACGGCGGAAGGUGAUGCGGAGAGGCUGAGGGAGAUCGCUGAGCUCGCAGGUCGCUGCCUAAGCGUGAAGGGGGCGGAUCGUCCGACCAUGAAAGAGGUUUCGAUAGCUCUGCAGUUACUGGGGCCAUCCCGUGCGUACUAUUCGGUUCCAAGGGACACCCCGGAGGAGGCGGAGAGUCUGUUAGACCACGAGCAAUCAACGGCGGAUUUAAGCAGUAAGAACCAUACAAUCCUCGAGAUAGAGGCAGGUCGAUGA